AUGGCGUCCUUGGUGGUGGCCUGGCAGGUGUUGGGGUUGGGGGCAGUGUGUGUCGGUGGUUUCCGCAAAGGUUUCGGCGGUGGCUACGGAGGAGACUAUGGAGGUGGCUACGGAGGCGGCUACGGAGGAGGCUAUGGAAGCAGCUAUGGAUGCGGCUAUGGAGGCGGCUAUGAAGGAGGCUAUGGAGGAGGCUAUGGAGGCGGCUACGGAGGCGGCUAUGGAGGCGGCUAUGGAGGAGGCUAUGGAGGAGGCUAUGGAGGAGGCUAUGGAGGAGGCUAUGGAGGAGGCUAUGGAGGAGGCUAUGGAGGCGGCUAUGGAGGAGGCUAUGGAGGCGGCUCC